AAGCGCAAGAAAGAAGAAGAACCCCCGACGUCUCCGGCGAGAACCGAAGUGUCCACCAAUCCUUUUGACGUGGACGAGGACGAAAACGAGGAUCUGGAAGAGUCCGAAGGGCGCGUGGACCUGAGUCCGGAGUGGAUCCAGGAGCUGCCCGAGGACCUGGACGUGUGCAUCGCCCAGAGGGACUUCGAGGGCGCGGUGGACCUGCUGGACAAGCUGAACGAGCACCUAAAGGACCGGCCGGCCGGGCCCAGGGUGAAGGAGCUCCGGGCCAAGGUGGAGGAGCGGGUCCGGCAGCUGACCGACGUCCUGCGUUUAGCUGUGUGUUUAUCCUGUUCUCUGUGGGUUUCAGGCCAGUCCACCAAAGCCUGCGAGCUGUUCCUGAAGAACCGGGCGGCCGCCGUUCACACGGCCAUCCGGCAGCUGCGCAUCGAGGGCGCCACGCUGCUCUACAUCCACAAGCUCUGCAACAUCUUCUUCACCAGCCUGCAGGAGACGGCCAAGGAGUUCAAGAUGGACUUCGCCGGGAACACCGGCUGCUACUCCGCCUUCGUGGUCUGGUCCCGGUCGGCCAUGAGCACGUUUGUGGCCAAAGAGCACUGCCAGCAGCUGACGGAGAUCGGCCUGGACCUGAGCUUCACCCUCCAGUCGCUGCUGGUCAAAGACAUCCGGACCGCCCUGCUCAGCUACAAGGACAUCAUCAUCGAGGCCACCAAGCACCGCAACUCCGAGGAGAUGUGGAGGAGGAUGAACCUCAUGACCCCCGAGGCCCUGAACAAACUCAAGGAGGACAUGCGUGCGUGCGGCGUGAGCUUCCAGCAGUACACGGGCGACGACUGCUGGGUGAACCUGAGCUACACCAUGGUGGCCUUCACCAAGCAGGCCCUGGGCUUCCUGGAGGAGGGCCUGAGGCUGUACCAGCCCGAGCUGCACCUGGUUCUGCUGGAGUCCCUGCGCGAGAUCGUCCUGGUGGCCGCGCAGCACGUGGACUACGGCCUGCGCUGCGAGCAGGACCCCGACAAGAAGGCCUUCAUCCUGCAGAACGCCGGCUUCCUGCACGACGCCGUGCUGCCCGUGGUGGAGCGCCGCUUCCAGGAGGCCUCCGGGAAACCCGCCAAGCAGCUGCAGGAGCUGAGGAAGAGCAGCCGGCCGCCCAAAGUCAACCCCGACAGCACCACCUCCCUGAAGAAUGACAAAAUAGACACUUUCAAGAGACUUUCUCAGAACGCCAGCUUCCUGCACGACGCCGUGCUGCCCGUGGUGGAGCGCCGCUUCCAGGAGGCCUCCGGGAAACCCGCCAAGCAGCUGCAGGAGCUGAGGAAGAGCAGCCGGCCGCCCAAAGUCAACCCCGACAGCACCACCUCC